AUGGCGGAUUGGGAAGAAAUCAAAAGGCUUGCGGCCGACUUUCAACGCGUUCAAAUCGCUAGUACAGCCCACAAAUUAUCAGAAAGAAACUGCAUUGAGAUAGUACAAAAGUUAAUCAACCUAAAACUAAUCGAUGUUAUCUAUACAACCGACGGYAAAGAGUAUCUCACGCCACAACAGCUGGAAAAAGAAAUCAAAGAUGAACUUUUUGUCCACGGAGGAAGGAUAAACUUAGUGGAUAUCCAGCAGGUGGUAGAGUCCAGGUUAGGAACAAUUAUUCUUGGUCAACUGGACCAGAUGGAUAGAAAUGUGCUCUUUACCCAUGCUUUUGUAGCCAGGCAGACUGCACGUAUAAGAGGUGCAUUGACAGCGAUUACAAGACCCACUCAGCUGUCAUCCAUAAUUCAGCAGUAUGGUUUUCAAGAGAAACUGUUUUACUGUGCCAUUGGUGACUUYCUAUCUAAUGGACGUAUUGCUGGCUCUACGCAAGGAAGACAGGAUAAAAUACAAUARGUUCCUGAGAUUUACACCCAAAGUCAAAACAACUGGGUUGAUGACUUCCUAAAACAAAAUGGUUACAUUGAAUAUGAUGCACUAACAAGGCUUGGUAUUACCGAUGGAAAACAGUUUUUAAAAAGAAGAUAUGACAACAAUGAGCUUUUCUUGCCUACUUGUUGUGUUGGGCAGCAAGUUCAAGACAACGUACAUGCUGCCAUUGAUGAAGGACUAGCAACAAUAGGAUGGAUUGACGUCACGCCUCUUCUACCCACCCCAUUUACUGGUGAAGAUGCAAACCAAUUCUUACAAAACUACCUUAAAGUAACUGGAAAAUCUACCACACAUAUAUUCUGUGAUAGCUUUGUUGCKAGUGAGCAGUUUCUAGAUUGUUGUAAAGCUCUGUUUGACAAAAUUAUGCAAAUGAAGGCACAAAAGGAUGCUGCUGAYUCCCCUGCAUUAAUCUCUGAACUCUCCAAACGAGACAUGGCCAACAUGAAAGGAGCAGGGUCUGGAGCUGAUCGAKGGGAGGCAAAGAAGGAGGAGAGACAAAAGAAAGCCAGUAGUGGWAGUAAAGGAGGCGGCAGUGUUGGGGGUCGAGGAGGAAGAGAGACAAAGACCAAGAAGACAAAAGAUAAAAGAUUCAAAGGUGGAAAGAAUGAAGAACCAGAUGAUUCAUUUGAAGCAGAGAGAAGCACACGCCCUGAUGAACUYCAAUUCAUGAAAGUUGAWGAGAUCACAGAAAUCUUGCAYAACAACAACAAAGACUGUGAUGAAGACUUUAUGGCUGAAGUUGCUCUACAUCUCCACAGACCAUUGACUCGUUCCUACCAACAAGUUGUACGCACUGUCCUUCAAACAUCUGGUGACAAGAAGAGAAAGAGUCAUUCAGAGGUACAAGAAAAAGUCAACACUUUGUGGUCAAGUGCUAAGGUCUUUGAUAAAAGUAUUCAGCUGUUUGAUGAUGACGUCCAAGUGCAUCUCUCCAGACACUUACUGCGAACAGUAUGRACUGAUAUGGUCAACCUGAUUGUCAAUAUGCUGGCUGCUGACCAUAUGCUUGCAGUGUCAGAUGAACGAACUCUUACCACAGAGAAUCGCAUGAAAAUAAUCUCUAAAAUGCCAGACCAAAUAAAGUCAUCUCUUGUCAAACUGAAUGCUACACUGAAUGGCAAGGAAACCUCAGAGUUUUUCAGCCAGUUUGAUGUUGUCUCAGGACCUGGUUUAUGRGAAUUUAUGAUCAAAAAACUGGAUAAGAAAAAAGAAAAACAAAUCACCAUUGAACACAGAGCAGCGUUACAAGAACAACUUCGUCAAGAAAACGAGCCAGCAAUGGCUCUCCACUUGGCAGCAGUUUUAUUAUUUCAGCACUUUGCCUCUUCUCCUCUCCAUGCCCCUGGACGCUGUGUCCCACAAGUCAUUGCCUACCUCUCUAAUCAUGUGACUCCUGAACAGCAAGAAAAAUUGACUAGGUACCAGUCUCUUGUUGUAAAACGUUUAACUGGUGGGUCAAUAGAAGAUGAGAGGGAACCUGGUGAGGAGGCUGCAGAGAAAAGUGCAUCAGUUUUAUUGGAAGAAGGAAUACAAGAAAUUAAAGAAAUGGCAUUGAACAUUAAAAAAAUAAACAAUAAAGAAGAGCAAUAGAAAGAAAAAAUGGUUUAAAAUAUAUUAAAAUAAAAA